AUGAUAAAAAACGGAACUCAGAUUGUCACAAAGUUAGAAAUCCCUGUGGACGAAGGUGGGGACUCAGAUAAUAAACAUAUUUCCCUAAAGAAAUUUAUGCGUUACCGACAACCUCGUUCCCAGGGUCUUGUGACCUCUGAGCGUUCAUACGCCGCUAUCGACUUCAUCAACAAGGCAAAAUGCUCUGGUAACGAUGUUGUGUUACUGACUUUGGAAAUAAACUUCAUGAACAAAACAAAAGUUCCAUUUGUUAUCUUUAGCAGAACGCUGACUGACAGAGUUAGAUUAUUAAAAGGAAAGAUCAAACCAACCGGCAGCCUCUAUAAUCGGAUAAAAAGAUUUAUAGCGAGUAGUCAGUCAGAGAGGAAGACAAGUUUCAAGAAGGUACAGAGAAAAACUAAAGAAUUUGUUGGAACACUUGGAACAUCAUAUCGUGUCUGUUCCGUCUUUUUAGUACAGUUGCAGAUAAGUUUCGGUGAGAAAAGAAACAUGGAAGACGAAUCAACAAAGGUGAAUUUUUUGACGCAACUUCAAAGUAACAGUACAUAUCAUAUUGUUGAUUUCGUAAAGAUUUGGUACCACUAUGAUGCAAAUAGAAAUGGAUUGUUAGAAAGAAAUGAAUUGAAGGCUUUUCUUCACGAUUUGUUAAAAACAAAAGAAGAUAAUCUAACUGCAAAAAAAUUGGAGGAAUACGUAGAUUAUAUCUUGGAGAAUUAUGACAGAAAUAAAGAUGGAAAGAUCGAGCUCGGAGAACUUUCAAAGAUUCUUAACGUCGAGGACAACUUUUUGGCAAGAUUCCAGGAUGGAGAUCUCACGAAAGAACAAUUUGAUGAAGUCUUUGCACACUAUGACAAAGAUAACAACGGUUUCAUAGAAGGAGUAGAGUUGAUUGGUUUCUUACGAGACAUGAGAUUGACACAAGAUGAGGAAUCCAAAACAACAGAAUUGGAAAAAUAUCGUGACUGGAUUAUGGAGAUGUCAGAUCUUAAUCGCGAUGGAAAGCUACAGAAAGAUGAACUAAAAGUUUUGUUUUUAGGAUAAACUAAAAUAAAAUGCAUUGUUUCUCUUUUCUUUGAAUAAAUAGUUGGUGAUUUUCAUUUUUUUUAUUUAUUUAUUUAUAAUUUUAGACAAAAAUUUUUUGUGGGAACGUUUGUUGAUUUAUGACAUGAAUAGUUUUUCAGUCGAAACUUAUUUUGAUAUUAAAAAUAAAUAUAUUCUGUCUAGUAUGCAAUAUGAGAUACAUAAAAAACGAACCCGUGGAUUUUCCACCCGAGCUCACGACUUGUUUGUUUGUAUAAUGCUAAUUUAGAAUUUUCAAUGUUUUUCCCUUUCAUGUGUUGCAACAAACUGCUCUAAAAGGCUGUUUUUCAUUUUUUUGGUAGGCUUUGUUAGCGGAUAUAUUUUUUAAUUCUCACAUUUUCUUCUCAAUUUUCAAAAAAUUUUAUACCUAAGAGGAUUUGCAUGCUUCAAGAUUAUCAGGGCCGUAGUAGCUUAAGGAGUUGCUGAAGGGUACGCCCUUCUAAAAAUUUUUUUUUAUCGAUCAUGGUAAAUAUGGGGGAGAGAUAUACAAUGGAUGCAAUCUAGGAGUUUAAAAUAUCUAAUUUUUUUCCCUCUAUCGCCCGCCUCCUUUUCCUAAAAAAAAUUGCUACGGCUCUGAUAAUACUGCGGUUAAAUGUUAAAAUGGUAACCACAUUACGAUUACGUUAACAACAUUUCUCUUUUUCUUUUUGGAUCGACCUAUUAAUUUUUUUCCUAUUAACUUUGCAGUACAUUUUCGUAAUAGACUUUCACUAUAUUUUGUAACGAAUUAUAUGACACGUUAACGGAGUUGCUAUAUUUAUAAACAACCAUACUAUAAUACUGUUUUAACGGUGCGUAUCUUUUUCUGUUGGAAAGACAUGAAAAAUUUGAA